CUUAAGUAGAAUUAUUUCCGCAUGUAUUUUUUUAACAUGAAAAUAACCGAAUUAAAAAUGAUAAUUGGAGGUCUUAUUAUUUUAGCAUUGUCCAUUUCCAUUGCUCUUGGCAUAGAUACUAUACUCAUCCAUAGAAAAACUGAGAAUAUCCAUGGUGCUGUGAGCAGCAGCAGUCCACUGUGUUCUUCUCAUGGACGUAGUAUUUUGAAGGAUGGAGGUUCUGCAGUGGAUGCCGCUAUCUCUGUUGCCCUUUGCAUCGGAGUAGUAAACGCCCACAGUUCUGGAAUUGGAGGGUUGAUUUCUGGUGAUCGUUCAUUAGUAGGGGAGCCUUUAUUGUUGUCCGAGAUUCGGCAGGAAACGUUAAGGCCGAAGGCAUUUAACACAAAAAUCUCCAUUCAGGAAAUCCGAUACACUCCUCAACUUGGCAACAUCUAUUCCUCAAAUAUUAGCAAUACUUGUUGUGUUAGAAAAGAAGGAGAAAAAGUCAAACUGACGGAAUUGGCAACUACUCUGAGCAUCAUUGCAUCAGAAGGGAUUAAACCAUUUUAUGAAGGAGAGAUCGCUGAUAACAUCAUUUCUGCGGUAUACCAGUCAUUCUGA